AUGGCGGCCGUGGGAACGUUCUCUAGAGUUGCUAGACUGAGUUCAUGCAUCUGCAGAAGUCGCCGUUUAAUAUCUAUCAGCACACAGAGACGAGGAAUAGCUUCAUGCAUUGACCGUAAACUCCAUCUUUUGGAGUUCAAAAUCGUUAGAGUAAUGCGAACUUGCACUACUAGCCAUCUGACGCGUUAGCUAGUUGGGAUGAGCAGAAUAGCUCGCUAAACUAGCUAACUUUAGCUGACUAGUCGGUAACAGACUGCAUAUAGUGUUUUGUUUUUCAUUACUAAGUGUCCAUUUUCCAGCAAUACAUUACUACCUAAGUACUAGUUAGUCAUACUCUGCUGGUAACGUGAGAGUUUUAGACAGAAACAACUAACGUUAUACUAGCUAUGUAACAACCUCUGGUGGUCAAGUGAUACUCCAUAUCGUCAGUGUUGCCAACUCCUCAGUAAGGAAAGUAGCUAUUGGCUGUCCUAAGAGUAGCUAGAAGUCGCUAAAUGACGUCAUUGCCUAAUUUGCAUAAUUGGCCAUGUGCAUGUAAUUGUGAUGGAUGCUGUAGGAGAGUGGAAUAACGCCGUGGAAGAGACAAAAAGUGAGUAGAAAACCCCCUAAAUAUGUUUAGAACUACAAAUGAACUUUCUUCUGUCGAUUCUUGUUUUUUUUAAUGUUUUACAUUUACAUCCGGGCGGGUGGAAGACCGGAAUCAGGAAUGACGUCGGGCGAUUGGGGACUAUGUGGCGGACCACAUUUUUUCAGAUGGAAGACGCAGGCCAAGAUCCAGAGGAUAGAAUAGAUGCCGGAGGGAGCAAUGAAGAGGUAAUUGUGGACUGUGAGGCUGAGGAUAGAAUAGACGCCGGAAGGGAAAGGAGGGGGAAAAUUGAGUCCUUUGAGAAGGCAAGAAAUAGAUAUUGGUCAGGAGAAAUGCAGUGUUAUCAUAAGGAGACGUAUACUUGGAUGAAUGAGGAGGAAUGGAGGGAAAAAGAGAGGCAGAGGAGGUCUAAGAGAGAGGGGGAGGAAGACUGUGAGGUUGAGUCGGUAAAAAAUGGCGGGGAGAAGGUUUGUUGAAGAGUGGUAGGAAAUGUAAGCAAAGUGAGCUGAAGACAGGAGUAGAAAUGGAAGAGGGUGAAGUAUCGGAGGUGGUAGGUGUGGUGAAGUGCUCAGAGCCAGAGGCUUGCACAGAGGGUCAGGAUAAAGAGGAGUCUGUGACAGUAGGAAUGAAGUUUGUGGAAAAAGUGGAUUCUUGCCUUUUGGCUGAUCCAUUUGUGGUUUCAAGAUGGGUGAAAAAAGCGUUGGCUAUAGUGGAAUCGGUGAGGGUAACCAGAAGUGGUCUAGUGAUAAUUGUUUGUGUUUUGUUGGGCAGAGGGAGAAGGCGCUCAGAGUUAAACAAAUGGGGGAAAGAAUUGUGAAUUGUUUCGCUCUUAGGAAAAGGGUGCCAUUGAGAGGAGUGAUUACUGGGGUAGCAGUGAAUGUAAAAGUGGAUCAACUGAAGGAGAAAAUUCCCAGUGUGUGUGAUGCUCGUCGUUUGGUGUGACGUAAACAGGGUGGCGAGAGUGGGGAAACAAGAGUCAUUGUCUGUUCUUUUGAGUUUUGAAAAUGUAUUUAGGAUAUAUAAGUUAUCUUGUGCGAGCUUAUGUGCCGAGUACAUUACGAUGUUACAGGUGUCAAACUUAUGGGCAUGUGGCAGCAGUAUGUAGGAGGGAGAUUCCAAGGUGUGAGGAGUGUGAAGCAGUGGGGAAAGUGGUGGUAUGUGCUAAUUGUAGGGGUGGCCAUGGGGCUGGGGAUCAGACGUGUCCUGUGCGAGAGAAGCAGGUUGAGGUUUCCAGGGUAAGAGUAGAGAAGAAGUUGUCAUAUGUGGAGGCAGUGAAGAAAGUAGAGGAAGAGGGGUCAAGGGUAAGGGAGUGGUGAGAGUAGGAGAUAUAUACCAGUACAGUGGGAUAGGCAAGCAAGUGAUAUAUGUUUCAGUAAGAUUGGGUUUUUAGCAUUUAUAGCAAUGGUUAUUAAUUGUACUGCAGGGAUGGAACGCAAAUCGAAGAAAAUUGAGGUUGUGGUGGCAGCUGCAGAGAGAUAUUUGGGUGUGCGAGACUUGACAGCAGAAGAGUUACAGGGAGUGUUAAGUGGUGAUGUCCCAUCAUUUCAGGUUGAGGGCAUGAGGUAGGAGUGAGUAUAUUUAAAUAGUGGAGAAGGGUGGGGUUAAUUAUUAGUUGUCGUGUUGAAGGUGUGAGUGGUGUUAGAUGGUAGGAUAUUUCUUUGCUUUGUUUUAUUAAAUUUUUCAAGGAAAGAUAAGGGAGUUGUACUCCAGGCUAGUAGGUGGCGGUAAUGCAACAAAUUGGAUGCCAACCGCUGUUAAACCUCAUUGAAGUCCCCUGUAGCUCAGUUUGUAGAGCAUGGCGCUUGCAACGCCAGGGUUGUGGGUUCGUUUCCCACGGGGGGCCAGUAUGAAAAUGUAUGCACUCACUAACUGUAAGUUGCUCUGGAUAAGAGCGUCUGCUAAAUGACUAAAAUGUAAGAAGAAGAAGAAGCCAGGGCGGGAUCAGCCAACGGUAGCUUCCCGCAUGCGCAAUUCAUUUGCAGUCUGGACGCGGAGGGGUGAACAUCGUGCUCUGACUGCAGCUGGGAGGGACUGCUCCGCGAGGACUGGGCCGCCUGUGAGUGCUUUGGGACGGGUGGGGCCCACGGCAGCACCCGCUGCUCGUUGAGAAGAGUAAGAACGAUACGCGCUUUCAUGUCAGAGUCUCCAAAAGUCUCCAAUAACACCAGAAAAAGUCGCUAGUCGCUUUUUUGAAAAUGUGUCGCUAGAGGGGUAUGAAUACUUGCUAAAUAUAGCGACAAAGUCGCUAAGUUGGCAACACCCUGCCUUGGGGUGGGCUUCUGUCCUGAUCUAUGUUGACUUGACAUAUGUGAUGUGUGUCACAUGUUCAAUGGUUGUUUCAACAAUUUCUCUUCAUGUGAAAAAGUGUUUAAAAUGAUUCUGGUCAUUUUGCCUUACUCUACAGUACUACCAUUAUCUUACACCACUAGGCUUUAUGCAGUAUGUGCCCUGCAUGACUCUAUUCUUAACUCCCUCCUUGCAGCUGCUCAUGGCCUCAGUGAUGAACAGAAGCAGUUUCAGAAAAUGGCCUUUGACUUCGCAGCCAAUGAAAUGUCUCCACACAUGGCCAAGUGAGAGGAAAAGGUAUUACUGUGCAGUGCAGCUUGUUUAGCUAUAUUUUUGAGGUACUUUAACAUCUGACUCCCUUUCAAUCCAUACAUAUCAAUGGAAUAAAUGGAACGGUAUCAAACAUAUGGAAACUACAUGUUUGACUCCUUUCCAUUUAUACCAUUAAAAAGAGCCUGUCUUCCUAUAGCUCCUACCACCAGCCUCCUCUGAAAUCACUAAACCCCUUUUUGUGUGAGGGCAUUUGUUUGAACGUAAAAAGCAACUUUCAUUGUUCAGGAAUUCUUCCCGGUGGAGACCAUGCGUAAGGCUGCCCAGCUGGGGUUUGGGGGGGGGAUCUGGCCUGUCUCGCCUGGACACCUCGGUCAUCUUUGAGGCCUUAUCGACAGGCUGCGUCAGCACCACGGCCUACAUCAGCAUUCACAAGUAAGGCCUGGCAAGUGCCAGCAAUCACCAUUCAACCUCUCAAAAGUGUCUGCUCAAGAGAUACCCCUGCUUUCAAUUGAUAUCUAGUCAAUUGUCUAUGUGUGAUGUUUGGUGUAAGUAUGGGGUGUUCUUUAAUAUAUGCUCAUUUCUGUGCAGCAUGUGUAACUGGAUGAUUGACACCUUUGGCAACACUGAGCAGAGGGAGAAGUACUGUAAAGCAGGAGCCUACAAACUUACAUGGUCUGUAGUUCAUUUCCACGUCUAAGUGAAGCCAUGCCCACCAGGGGGCAUAGUUGAGUCAUAGUUGUGUUGAUGCCCAGAGGGGUGCAGUGAUUCUCCAACGGAGGCUUCUAUUCUCUCUCUCCAGGUAGGAUGGAACUCUCAACCAACCAGAGCAGUGAUCUUAGAGGCCUGCCACGUCCCAGUGACCAGUCAGCUGGGUCAGAGCUUUAACAUCGCUAUAAGAGGCCUGAACGGAGGCAGGAUCAAUAUUGGUGAGAUGGCACCAGAUGUACCUUUUGUUUCAAUGGUUUGUUAUUUGAUGGCCAUCUAUAUAUUUUUCUCAAGUCGGUUUUGCUUAACCCAUUUACUUCACUCGUUUUGAAAACACAACCAAGGCUCAGGUGUCUGAUACAUUAAAUUACUGUGGUUUAUCUGCCUGCAGCCUCUUGUUCUCUUGGGGCGGCCUAUGCAUGUGUACAGCUGGCGAGAGAUCACCUGUUAGUACGCAAGCAGUUUGGAGAGACCUUCUCCAACAACCAGGUAAACAUCCCAUCAGGUCUACAACAUACCUUUAGUAAUCCAAUAGGACAUUUGAUACUGUGUUUCUUGACGGUUUCCCUCUGGGUUCCUUCUGUAGUUCCUGCAGUUUGAGAUGGCAACCAAGCUAGUGGCGUUGCGUCUGUUGGUGCUGCAGGAGGGCAGGUCUGAUGCUGUUUCCCUCUGCUCCAUGGCCAACUCUUUGUCACUGACGAGUGCUUCAAAGUGA